AAAUGUUGUGCCACUCAUGAAGCCCCAUUAUCCAUCGUGCACAACGCAGUCACGAUUGAAGGGUGAGGAAAAAAUAUUCAAGUCCACAUACAUCAGUCGGCUAAAAGUACUUUUACGGGGAGGACGAUUGCCUUAUGAAUCGCCAUCAUGAGUCUAUUCGCAAUUGUCAAACUUGGAUAUGCAAUGACCAUUGCUACUCUUCUUCUCAUGUUCUGGGCAUCAAUGGUCAGGAUGCAUGAGUUGCCAGUUCAAUAUCCUCCCUGCUUUUUCAAUCCACUUUGCACAUGCUCGAAAGCAAUCCCCGAUCUUGGAAUUGUCAACUGCGAAAAUGUCCCAAUGCCCAGAAUUCCACAGCAGAUCAAUUCCUCCAAAGUUUUUAUUCUCAAAUUGGGUAAUAACGGAUUACGGCACAUUCAACCCCAAUUUCUCGUUACUACAGGUCUUUACAAUCUGCAAAUAAGAAAUAAUCCUCUUGCGGAUAUACCAGACGAGGCGUUUCUAGGGCUUGAAAGAUCGUUAUGGGAAUUGGAACUACCGUACAAUCAACUUAUCAAAGUACCCAGCAAGUCUUUCAGGCAUCUCCAGAAAUUGAAAAUUCUCGACUUGACAGGAAAUCAGAUAUCCUCGAUAGCCGCAGACAAUUGGCGAGGCUUGGAAAAUUCCUUGCAAACGUUGCGCCUCGGCAAGAAUACAAUCGAUAAAUUACCAGCCGAUGCAUUUACCGGACUGAAAUUCCUCGAAACACUAGACUUGAGGGAGAAUAAUUUAAUGGAAUUCGAUUCAUCGGUCUUUCGCGAUGGAAUGGCGCAUUUAAAUUAUCUUUAUCUGAGUGGAAAUCAGAUGACAAUGAUUCCCUAUAGCCAGUUAUCGCCAUUAAAACAUUUGAAAAUACUGGACUUGAGUUACAAUCAAAUUCACAGAAUGAUCCAACCACAAACUGAACCUGAAAUCAAGGGAUUGCAAAUCUCUUUGGAUACUCUAAGAUUGGAUUGGAAUCAAAUUGAGAUGCUUCCAGUUGGUUCUUUUCAGCAUUUUUUCAAAGUCAAUAAGACAUAUUUGAAUGGAAAUCCUAUUGAGCAUGUGGAGGAGGGUGCAUUCAAAGAUUCGAAAAUUCGAGAACUCUAUUUUACUGAUUGUGACAUCAGAGAAAUGGAUUCAGCAUCAUUGAGAGGUUUGGAAUCAUCACUGGAACAUCUAGACUUGUCCGGGAAUAACAUAACUGAUCUUCCCAACCACAUUUUCCAAGAAUUUGAUUUUCUCAGAACUCUGAUUUUUCGCGAGAACAAGAUUACAGCGUUUUCUCCACAAGAGGUAUUUACCGGAUUUCAAUAUUCCCUCUAUAACCUGGAGUUGAGUGGCCGAGAAAAUGCAGCUGUAUCUCUUCAAGACCUUCGUCAAAUGCGCAAUUUGCGAUUUUUGUCCAUCUCCAAAAUGCCUCAGUCGACCCUCUCUCCCGACGACUUCCUGGAGUUUGGAAUUGAUGUUAAGGAACUGCAUAUCAUCCAGAGCAAUCUCAAUACCAUUAAAGGUCACACCUUUACCCACGUACGAGGGAUAAAAUACUUGGAUUUCUCGGAGAAUUCUAUUUCCUUAAUCGAGGAGACUGCUUUCACCGAGGUUGGACAUUCGCUCAUAACUCUUAAACUCGCUCAUGCAUUGUCCACGACCGAAGUGCCGGCGAAACCAUUUACAGCACUCACCAACCUUCAAUAUUUGGAUUUGAGUAAUAAUCAGCUUCGCUCCAUGCCUGAGAAUUCGUUCCACUUUUUAAAGAGGAUUAAACGGAUUGAGAUUCAGGAUAAUGAAAUUUCAGAUAUUAAAAAGGGGACAUUCCAAGGUGACAUUCACUCCACUCUCGAAGAAGUUAACUUUGGAUACAAUCAUAUAUCGAACCUCCAAACUCAUGCAUUUGUCGAUCUAGCAGCAAUGACAAUUCUCAAUCUCCAGGACAAUAAGAUUGAAAAGAUCGAGAGACGCGCAUUCAUGAAUAUGAAUCGGCUGAAGUACCUAAAUCUCAGGGGAAACAAAAUGAAGACCGUCAAUGACGAGUCUUUUCAAAAUUUACCAGAUCUGGAAUUUCUCGAUAUGGCUUAUAAUCAACUAACUGAGUUUGAUUUCGAAUGGUUUGACCAAGUUGGCACUCUUGCAGCACUCAAGGUCAAUGUCAGCCAUAAUUUGAUUGCACGAUUGAAGAUUAAUUCCUCCACUUAUCUUCCGGCCACUAGCAUGUAUUUCGCUGGUGGUGGAAGUCUACAAUCAAAUAUCAAAGUCCUAGAUCUCAGUUGGAACAACAUAACCGACAUAAUGAAGUUUUACUUCCGUCCAGUGGAGUACUCAUUAACUCACCUAUACCUGUCAAACAAUGAACUGCUGAACAUGACUCAAGGUGUCUUUGGAUCUCUUCCCCAUCUUCAAUGGUUAGAUCUUCGUCACAAUGAUAUCAUAGAGAUUGAGUUCGAUUGCUUCAGAAAUACAAAGAACAUCCAAGUGCUUCUGCUUUCCCAUAACGAUAUUAUGGAUAUAUCAGCAGACGUUCUUAGGACACUGAAAAAACUAAGGAUUUUAGAUCUCUCUCACAAUCGACUUAGAACACUUCCGGAUAAUGUUUUUACUGAGCCAAAUCUCGAGAGCCUCGAUCUGUCCCAUAAUCAGUUCAUGAGAUUGCCAAUUAAAUCACUCUCCGGACCUACUGCAGAAUCUCUUUCAAUUCUUGAUAUGGGCUGGAAUAUGCUCUCGGGGAUUCAUACAACUGAUUCUAUAUCAAGGCUUAAGGGUCUUACUCACUUGGACGUUUCCUAUAAUCGCCUGGUGCGUCUGGAUGAUGGUGUUUUCUCAGAACUCUCCCACCUGACAGAAUUGGACCUCAGCCAUAACAAACAACUUCUCCUGGACAGCCGGGGUCGCACAUUCUACGGCCUUGAGGACUCCCUACUCACUCUACGUCUCAGCAACAUCUCACUCCUGAGUGUACCUGAGCUCCCCUUCCAUCGUCUGCGAACACUUCACCUUGCCAACAAUGAACUCGCCUCGAUCCCCGCAGAACUAGCCUCCAACCUCUCCUCUCUUCACCACCUGGAUCUCAGCAAUAAUGACCUCACAGUCGUUCCCCUGAUCACACACACCCUCUCUGAACUUCGUAGUUUCAAUCUCGCUUGCAAUCCCAUCACUGCUGUCACCAAUACGAGCUUCCUAGGUCCAGCUGACAGUCUCAUAGAGCUUGAUAUGCGAAGACUUCCGCUCUGGACUUUCGAAAGUGGUGCCCUUUGCAAGGCUUCAAAACUACGUUCCCUUCACUUGACCGCCUAUACUGUAAUAAAAAACUUUAACCUGCCGAAUUUACUGCAGCAUAAUCAUGGUCUGAGACAUCUGCACAUUGACAUUCAGAAUGAAACUAAUUUGGAAAAAGAGAUGAAAGGUAAUUUUCCAGCUAAACUUUAUAAUUUCACAUUCAGUGGACGGGACUUCAAAUCUGUUGAUAAGAGCAUUCUGAUGGGGAUGAGGUCUCCUCAUCUUCAUUUCGCACUCUACAACACUUCUGUUGGCAAAGUCCCCAAAGAAAUGUUCGAAAUUGCCAGAUCAGUCAGAAAUGUCACUGUUAAUCUCUGGAAUAAUGAUAUUAAGACUCUGGAGAAUCCAUCUAAUGGACAUAAACCUGGGGCUACCAACAAGAAAUUUUUGAUGAGGCUGAGAAUGGCGGGUAGUCAUUUGAUUUGCGACUGUGACAUUGGGUGGAUUGAGGGCUGGCAAAGGAAGCAGAGACAGUAUCAGGAGGACAGAUGCUCCUAUCUACCUCUCCGACAGUAUAAUUUUGAGAGGGACGAGAAUAAUGAGUACAGUUGCUGGGAUAAUGGUUGGGAUGAUGAUCUCAGGGAGAGUUAUUGCUCCAACAAAAAUAAUAAAUCUGUGCAGAAAACUUUGAAGGAUGAUAUCGAGUGUGGAUGGUCUUCAACUUCGAGUUUCCAGGUCUCUUGGGGUCUGAUGGUUAUUGUGGCUGUCUUUGCAGCUUAUGCCUAGUGAGGUAUCGAAACAAGACCAUGGAAAUAAGCCGAUUAUUAUUCGUCAAUUGUUAUACGAGGCUUGAAAGAGUUCGUCAUGGGAUUCAUCAUUCUUUAAUGAUGAAUUCCUUCGGAGAGGGUCAUGGAGGUUAAUAGCAGGAGAAAUUUAGUUAAUAAUCUAAAGUGUUUAAUGUUAGGAAAUUCUUGAGUAGGGUAAGUAUAAGGAGAGGUGUGUGCUGAAUAUAAACUAAUGCAAGAUUAAGAAUGAAUAAGAAUAAAUGAAUUAUAAAAGUGA